AAUGUUACGAAAUUAAUAAACAAUUUUAGCUCCAAAGAAAAUAUUUUGUGUCAAAUUGUGUAAUAUGAACAUCUAUUUACCUUUUUUGUUUGCUUAUUUGUUAUAUUUCUUUCAAAUUGAUUGGUGCAGCUGUAACCAAGGCCAAGAAGGGAGCUAAGACCAGGGAAACAGAGCAAAUGGAAAGGAAAUUGUGUUUGUGUCUGAGAUUUGUGAAGAGCAAGCUGCGUGACCAGUAAUGGAUUAGGAUCAAAAUAUUAUAUAAAUAAAAAGUCUGUGAUAGUUUUAAUAAUAUUAUCCGCGAUGCAAAUCACAAUUUAUCCUUUUUUAAUGCUUCAAAGUUUGAGCUGAACGUUUUAUUAUUUAUUUAUGCUUCUGUAAGCCUAGAAAGCUGCUAAUCAUCUUAUGUUUACAUUUUGGUAAAUACAUUUACCUUAAGAUAAAUUUUAUGGAUUGACCUGCACUGGAAUAUUUAAUGUGUAAAUUAUGGCAUCAUGAUUAGUUUGUAUUGCCAGUUUCAUUUCUCCAAUUCUCGCAUAUUCUGAAAAACUAAUACAAUGAGUCAAGAUGAACCGAAAUGGACUUGUAGUGCUUGCACAUUUGAGAACUGGCCUAAGUCUCUUAAAUGUACGAUCUGCCUCUCUCCUAAACAAGCUAAUGUUAUAUCACAAGAAGACUCUCAGGAUAUAUACAUGAUUGCUCCAUUAAUAUCUGAAAGCAAUACGAAUCCAACAGCCCAGAGCAGCAGCGCUUCAUCGAAUCCUCACAACAAGUGGUCCUGCUCCUCUUGUACAUACCUGAACUGGCCUAGAGCUACAAAGUGUACGCAGUGUUCAUCUGUUAGAAAACAGUUUCCACCCUCCCCAGUCCUAGAGUCUUCUAAUAUCAGCAGCCCAAAUGAACUUCUUUCAAAAUCACCAGAUGUUGUGACAACUUCAGCAUCCAUUCACUCUGACAGCUAUUACAAUGACAGGAAUAAGUCUUGGAGUCGUACAAUAAAGUGGACUUGCCCUUCUUGUACCUAUGAAAAUUGGCCAAAAUCUGUGAAAUGCGUUCUUUGCCACUCUGCCAGACCCAAAGUAGAUCAAUCUUCACAAACAACAGAUGAAGAGAGCCGGUCUGUUCAAAGAGUUACCACAUCUCUCUAUUCUCCCAUCAAUUGCCCAUCCAUUCGUAGAAAUGAUCACUUAUCAUCUGACACCACAGAAAUACAGGUUUCAACUCCCUUAGCUUCAGCUAGUGAUAUAUCCAUAGCAUCAAACAACUAUUUGGAAGAAUGCAGACUCCGUAAUAGCCGUAGGAACAACAGAGAGGUGGACUGGACAUGGUUGAAUGCUUGUAUGGGUGUAGUAGAUGGGGAUGCAGAUCCUGUUAUUGAAUAUUUGUCUCUGGGUGGGGACCCCGCCAGACAACUCAACGCAAAUGAAGUUGCUCUGCUUAAAAGACCUUCUGCAUUUGAUUCCGGAUUUACUCUAGUGCAUUUAGCCAUUCGCUUUCAACGUGAGGAUCUGUUAACACUUUUACUCUCUCACACUGGCAUGACACGACCUGCAGCUAAAAGAGUUCCAGCCGACAUUAGUCGAACUCUGGCAGCUGACAUUCGCCAUAUGAUCACUGCAUCACUUAAGCAAAGAAGAGGCGAAUUUCCUUGCUAUUUCGUAACUGAGUGUGUUACUUUUUCUCUUCCUGCAGAAAUAGAAGAUUUCAACCCUAUUGUUCAAGAAAAACUAUUUGAUGAUCUCUUAGACAGAGAUGCACAAAAAGAAUUAGAAGAAGAAUCACCUAUUAUAAACUGGAGUUUGGAACUUACAGAGAGGCUUGGGUCCAGACUUUACGCUUUGUGGAAUAGAAGUGCUGGCGAUUGUCUUCUGGAUUCUGCACUUCAAGCUACGUGGGGAGUUUUCGAUCGUGAUAAUACACUCAGGCGUGCCUUGGGGGAAAGUUUAUGUGAAGCAGCAGCCGUUCUGUAUCCACGUUGGAAAGAAGCUGAGACAUUGCAGGCGAAUCUCUUACAGUUUUCGUUGGACGAGACUCAGUGGCAGGAAGAUUGGGCGAUGCUGCUGUCCCUCGCUUCUCAACCGGGCUCCGCUCUCGAACAAAUGCACAUCUUCACCUUGGCUCAUAUAUUGCGUCGUCCAAUCAUCGUUUAUGGUGUUAAAUAUGUAAAGAGCUUUAGAGGAGAGGCCCUCGGUUAUGCUAGGUUUGAAGGUAUAUACUUACCAUUGUUGUGGGAGCCAACAUUCUGUUGGAAAUCACCGAUUGCUCUCGGUUACACCAGAGGUCACUUCACUGCAUUGGUGUCUCUUGAGCCGGAAACCGAAGAUGUCCUUGGCGCUGGAGCUAACACACGCUCGGGAGAUGAUCUGAGGGUCAUAUUUUUACCCUUAAUGACUGUUGAUCAUCAGAGGCUGCCUGUGCACUUCUUAACACAGGAGGAGUUGGGCAGAGAGGAAGAAAUAAUGAAGCAAUGGUUGGAUUGUUGUGUGACUGAAGGUGGCAUCCUAGUGGCACAGCAAAAAAUACUUAAACGACCUUAUCUUGUGGCACAAAUGAUUGAAGAAUGGCUCGGAUUGUAUCGAGGUCUAGUCCGUAGACCCACCAUUCACUCAUCAUCACCCGAAUCUCAUACUCAAGUCUACUCAAGUGAUGGGGAUUCUGAUCAAGAAUAAUGAACUUAAAUUUUAACAUGAUGCAAUCAGCAAUGAGAGAUGUAAAUAGUGCUUGUGAAUAUCCCGUCCAAGAAAAGGGGGACUAUUUUAUGUCAUAGCUUCAUCACCCUGUAUAUUACCAACAACAUAGUGGGGGGGCACAUUGUCCCCACUUCAGCUAUUUUUCUCUAAUUCUGUACAGAUAGCAAGAUGUGUAUUUAUUCAAACUCUUUUAAUUUAAAAAAAAAAACUAAUAUUUAUUUUACUCUUAUUCAGAGAGAAUCUAGAGUUAUUUCUUCCCCCCCAAUUGUAAAUAGAAAAAAAUAAAAGUAUGUGCAUAAUAUGCAAGUAGAAAUUGUAAUUUAAAAUGGGUAUGCAAAUUUUAGCAUUUUUAUUUUACGACUGUUGAUUCUUUAAAUAAAUUAUAUGUUUGAGACUUGGCGCAAAGAAAAUCUGCAUAACUCUGUUGUGUGAAUAUGAAUUGAUGAUUGUUUAUAAAAGAGAAUAUUAAUUCUGUUUUUAUUUGUUGUGAUUUUAAUAAAUGUAUAGCUAGAACAUGGAUGUCAUUAUUAAAAUUUUUAAUCCAUUUCGACACAUUAUUUGCCUUAGUGUGUGCUAAGCUGAGAUUUUAAAAGACUCAAAAGCUUCGUAUUUUUCUCCUUUUGAUUAAUUGAGUUUUCAUUUUAAAUUUUCCUAUGACGUGUGUGAUUUGCUUUAAAUGUUGUUUUAAAAAUAAAUUUAAUAUAUUACUUAUAAAACUUAACUUUAUUUGAAAUUGAUAAUUCCCGAUUUUAUCUUUAUCCCUCCCCAUAAGGCCAGAAGAGAAUUCUUUGUUGGAACACUUACUUACUAUGCACUUUGUUUCCCUGAAAUAAAAUUAUUAUCCUUGUACAAAUUAAAUUUAUUUAAAAAUAAAAUUAACUAUGAAUGG